AUGAAGCCCUUAAGAGCCCACACAGGUCAACCAGAGGUGAAGAGCGGCAAUGUGACAGCUGGACCCUCUGGCUAUUAUUACCAUGGUAUGUGGCGAGCACUAGGAGGCACCACAGUUCAUCAGUUCAACACCUCUGCCAUCAGUCAGUGUCUGAAAGGCAAGGUGGUCCACAUGUAUGGAGACUCCACCAUCAGGCAGUGGUUUGAAUACCUCAGAGCUCUACCAGAUCUUAAGGAGUUCGACCUGCACAGCCCGAGGCAAGUUGGACCUUUCAUGGCCUUACACUAUGCAAACAACAUCUUGGUGACAUUCCGCUGCCACGGUCCUCCUAUCCGUUUUUACAUGGUCCACACCAGCGAGCUUCGUUACAUUGCUAAUGAACUAGAUGGUGUAAAUGGAGGCAUCAAUACUAUUAUAGUUUUUGGCAUCUGGUCUCACUUCAGCACUUUCCCCAUGGAGGUCUACAUCAGCCGGCUGCGGAGCAUCCGCAGGGCGGUUGUGAGGCUGCUGGACAGGGCUUCAGGCACGCUGGUCGUUAUCCGGACAGGAAACCCCAAAGUUUUAAAGGGACUUUAUGAAACAUUAACCAACAGUGACUGGUACACUCUGCAGCAUGAUAAGGUGCUCAGACUCAUGUUCAAAGGACUGAAUGUUCAUCUGAUUGAUGCCUGGGAGAUGGUCGUGGCCCACCACCUGCCACACAGCCUCCACCCACAACCUCCCAUUGUUAAGAAUAUGAUUGACCUUCUCUUGUCUUACAUAUGCCCUUAAAAGAACGGCUAG